AUGGCGCAGCCGCCGCUGGAGCUGCCUGCGGGGCUGGUGCUGCCGCGCAUGGGGCAGGCGCUGGAGUGGGCCAACGCCUUGCUGGAUGCCACCCUGGUGAAGCUGUCCCACGAGCCAGAGGCUCAGCCGCUGGUCGAGGAGCUGCACCAGGUGGUGGACCAGCAGGCGGCAGAGGCGCGGCCACUGCUGCGCCUCAGUGGCGCCCUGGCCCAGCUGCUGGAGCAGCAGCAGCAGCAGCAGCAGUCGCGGUUGGCGGCACACGCAGCAGACUACAGCGUGCAGUGGCUGGACCUGCGCAUACUUGCGCCAGAGCAGCGCGAUCAGCCUGGCCAGUAG